AUGUAUCCAAAGUCAGACGUCACAGUCGACGCCUCGAAGUUCGAUCGCAAUGGCAUCGACAAACAAACCCUCGAGUUCAACGAGAAGUUGAUUAAGAUCUGGGCGGAUGGACCGCGGUGGUACGAGGUAUGUCUCCAGUUCCCAUCUCGAUCCCUCUUCCCAACACCCCUCCAAUCCCUCCGUAUCCCAUCCCCGCCCAAUCUUAUCCCCUUCAACCCUGUGCUCACCCAAGACCCCUACCUUAAAUACAUGGCCGACCACUUCGAAGUAACAGUCGUAUCAAUCGGAUACCGCCUCGCACCCGAAGACCCCUGGCCUGCGGGCGCAGAAGACUGCUACGACGCUGCGGAAUGGCUGGUCAAGAAUGGUCCGGAGGUGUUUGGUGGGGAAUUGAUGUUUACGGGCGGUGAGUCCGCAGGCGGCCACCUCGCCUGCCUCGUCGCCUUCCACCUCCUAAAGACCCUCCCCACAUUCUCCUUCCGCGGCCUCCUCCUCCACUUCGGCUGCUACGACAUGUCCUCCUUCCUCCCCCACGUCCUGCACCACGAAUCUCACCUCGUAAUCGACUACGACGUGAUGAAAUCCUACAUCGACGCCCUCUUACCCAACACCACGGAAGCCGAGCGCCGCGACCCGUCGAUAUCACCGUUUUGGCAGGAUCUAAGGGGAAUGAAGUUGCCGCCGGCGCUGUUUACAUGUGGGAGUGAGGAUCCGUUGCUGGAUGAUAGUGUGUUGAUGGGGGCGAAGUGGGGGAUGUGGGGGGCGGAGAGUGUGGUUAAGAUUUAUAGGGGGGCGCCGCAUGGGUUUAUUGGGUUUCCGCCGGGGACUAUUAAGGCGGUGCAGGAGGUGUUGGAUGAUACUGAGGCGUUUGUUAGGGCCAAGAUGGGGGUUUAG